CUCCCCCGCGCUCCGGCGCCCGCAUCCCUCCAUCCCAGCCUGUGCCGCAGCCGCAUCGCCACCGCAGCCCCGGCACAGCCGAGAGCGGCCCAGGCCUCUGCCCCUGCCCGGCCCCCGGCCCGCCGCCCCCGCCUGCGAGCCCCCCCUCGGCAGCUCCGGCACCCCCGGCGCCCCCAGACCCGGCCUCCAGCACCUAGGCAGGAGGCAGGAGCAGCAGAAGCCCGAGGAGGACGAGGAGGAGGAGGAGGAGCCGUCGCAGGAUGAAGGAUCGGACUCAGGAGCUGCGGAGUGCAAAAGACAGCGACGAUGAGGAGGAAGUGGUGCACGUGGAUAGGGACCACUUCAUGGAUGAGUUCUUCGAACAGGUGGAAGAGAUCCGGGGCUGCAUUGAGAAGCUGUCGGAGGACGUGGAGCAGGUGAAAAAACAGCACAGUGCCAUCCUGGCCGCCCCUAACCCCGACGAGAAGACCAAGCAGGAGCUGGAGGACCUCACUGCAGAUAUCAAGAAGACGGCCAACAAGGUCCGGUCCAAGUUGAAAGCGAUUGAACAAAGUAUUGAGCAAGAGGAAGGGCUGAACCGCUCCUCCGCAGACCUGCGUAUCCGCAAAACCCAGCACUCCACCCUCUCCCGGAAGUUCGUGGAAGUAAUGACCGAGUAUAACGCCACGCAGUCCAAGUACCGGGACCGCUGCAAGGACCGGAUCCAGCGGCAGCUGGAGAUCACCGGAAGGACUACGACCAACGAGGAGCUGGAGGACAUGCUAGAGAGUGGCAAGCUGGCCAUCUUCACCGACGACAUCAAAAUGGACUCACAGAUGACGAAGCAGGCACUGAACGAGAUCGAGACGAGGCACAAUGAGAUCAUCAAACUGGAAACCAGCAUCCGGGAGCUGCACGACAUGUUCGUGGACAUGGCCAUGCUCGUGGAGAGCCAGGGCGAGAUGAUCGAUCGCAUUGAGUACAAUGUGGAACAUUCCGUGGACUAUGUGGAACGCGCGGUGUCCGACACCAAGAAAGCUGUGAAAUAUCAGAGCAAGGCCCGGAGGAAGAAAAUCAUGAUCAUCAUUUGCUGUGUGGUGCUGGGGGUGGUCUUGGCGUCAUCCAUUGGGGGGACGCUGGGCUUGUAGGCCCCCCACCCCUUCCCUCCCCUCCCCCUCCCCCACUACAUUGGGAGCAAUACCCCCACCAUCCUUUUCACUCCAUCCCCUGCUCCAGGCUCCCCCCUCAGACAGACCCAGGCAGCCCUCUGUCACCCCUCAGGCCCCGGUGUCCCCGGCCUGCCCCUGCCAUGGACCCACCCCGGCCCCGCACGUAGAUAGCAGCAGGCGUGAUUCCACAUGCACACCAACAUGCAUGCCGCCGGCACAUGCUUGAGACGUGUGGACACCUCAGCGUGUGUGUGUACGUGUGUAGACGUAUGUGUGUAGAAGCGCCCAGUCACCUGCCCUGCCCCCCCCCACCCCGAGUCCGUGUGUUGUCUGAGCUUCCCCGCUCUCCUGGCGUUGUGGUGUAGACCGUAUUCACUGAACCCUGCCGUCUUCUGUGAUAGGGGUGUGUGCGCGUGCAUGUGUGCGUGUGUGUGGCCACGGGUCUCCGUGGCCGGUUUGUGGACAUGGGAUUUUUGUGUCUGAGCGUUUGAAUCAAAUGCAGCCGCCCUUCAUGCAUGGACACCUUCCCUCCGUGUCUGCUGCCAGCGGGGCGGGGUGUGUGGACCGCUGCUCACAUCCUCCUCCGAGGAUCCAGCCGGAUCCGACCCCCAGGCCGUGGCGGACCCUCCUGACUUGGGCUCCACAGGAGCUCAGAGUGUCCUGGGGACCAUGUGUGAGUGUGCUCUGAGCCCCGUGAGUGCAGCCAAGGUGAGUGGAAGGAUCCACAUGUAAAUAGCUUAGCGUGGCCUAUAUAUAUGCGUGCUUUCCCCGAGCGGUGGCGUGAGGACGCGUGUGCGUGAGUGUGCGGGACGUGCGGGAGCGUGGGUAGCGCGGCCCCCCCACCCCAUCGCAUGCACUGGCCCUCUGUUUUGGGUGGGAAGAGAAAUCUAUAUUUCUAUGUUAUCUGGAGUGCUUGUGCGUGUGUGUGUGCGCGUGCGUGUAGAGGCUUCCUACAUAGCGUGUCUGCCCCAUGUGUUUGCACACACACUGUUAAGGUUCAUGCCCCCUCCAGGUGGGUUUCCCAGAUUUACCGGCCCCUGCCCCUGCCACCGGCGGCCACACACACUUGCGCCAUCUUCAUUGUGCCACAGUAGCUUUCUGCCCUGCGAGUCUCAGGGGUCUGGUGCCCACCGGGCCACAUGCUGCCUGGCUCCGCUGUGCUCUGAAACCGGUGCCUCUCAGCGUGCUCGUGUGUGCCAGGCGAGGAGGCCUGGAGCAUACGCCCGCAGCCCCGGGCUCUGUGCCCCCCUGGGAGGGCGUUCCUGGGCAUCCAGGCUGCCCGCGGCUGAUGGGAAAUCAGCGCGUUCCUGCCGUGCUCCAGCUCCCGGGGAACCGGGGGAGGCCACGCCGGGCCCGCCGCCGCCGGGUGCUCGGGGCGCUGCUGCAGCACUUGCUGAUUGCACAAGUUCCAGAGGGGCCUGGUGGCCUUGGCCAUGCGGGCAGGCCCUGGACACGGCCCCGAGCGCACACCUGCUGGGGCCAGAGCCAGGGUAGGAAUCAGGCCUGCGUUUCUGACGGCGAGGAAAGGCCGCCGCUCCCCGCUACAGACCCCACACACACGGGAGGCGGGGAGCGGACACUGUUGGACACCCAGCAACACAGACCCCCAGCGGAAGCCUUGAGCACCACGACAGGAGUCUGCCUUGCCCUGGGUUAGGCGCGGGUGUGCAUGGGGGAAGGACGGGGCUGAGGCGGGGGUGGGGGGAGACUGUGCAGAGUCCCACUUCAUGUGUGUGCAUGUUUGCUAGUGUGAAUCUGUGCGAGUGAGACCAUGGAGAAGUGACCUGGAACAGAGUCCUCGUUCCUGUCCUACUGCAGGCUGUCCUGGGGCGGGGGGGACCUGCCCGUCCAUCUCCAGAAUGUCCAUCUGCAGGACAGGAAGUCCCCCCUCGUGUCUGACUGCAGCCCUUCUGCCCCCAUCUCAGGCUUCCCGGGGGACACCAGAGCAGGUCCCACCCCACCCCCGCUUUCCUUCCGGCCUCCCAGCCAGGACACCCUCUCAGGCCCAGGUGUUUCCGGGUCACCAGGAGAGGGCAGAGGCCGGGACGAUGCUGCUCCCCCCCACCCACCACCACCCCCAGGUGUUGCGUGUGUAACCGCCCAUCUCUCUGGGCCUCAGUUAGACCAGAGGCUCCCUGAGGGUCUGCCUAGCCCAGCUUUCUACUAGGCCCGCACAUCGGAGGAUGUGUCUGCUUGUUGGUCGCGGUGUCUGUGCCUCGUGGAGUGCUGCUCGGGGCUGGUGUCUCUUGCAUGUUCUGGACAAGCGUGUGCGACCACCUUCCAACCAUCGACCCCUGUGUGCCCUGUGGGUGGUCCGGGCCUAGCCAGGGCUCGCUGCCAGCCCCCCUCCCUCACUCCCCUCUCCCCUCCACCGCCCCCCCCCCCUGCCCUCGCCCGCUCUCAUGAAGCCACCGUGAUUUCCUCCCUGUGCCUGCGGGGUGCUGCACGCUCCUGCCACCCUUCCGAGCGUGCGGACCUGACCCGUCUCGGCACCCACCUGCCCCCAGCUGCCCCGCAGAGGACUUGAAGGUGGCCCCAGCGCCCUCCCUCCCACCCCACCCCUGCCCGCUGUGCAGCCCUGUGCGUUGGCGUGUUUCCGUGUCGCUGGCGUGUCACGUGAUGUAGCCGUGUUUGCUGACCUGAGCCCCUGCCCCUUCUGUUUCUCCGUUGGUUUCUAGAGCUCUCUCCCUUUCCUCCCCAGAGGGGACAGGACUCCUGGGGCCUGGCCAGGGGCCCAGAGCCAGGCCUCCUCCUCCUGUGAGCCCUCAGAGUCCCAUUUCUCUCUAUUGGUGACCAAGUUGCAAAUGGAUCAAACAGGAAAACUCUGCCCCCUGCCCCAGCCUGCAUGUCCUGUCCCCGGAGCCCCCCCACCCUAGCCCGGGCCGGGCCGGGCCCGUGGGACGGGAGAAAUAGCAACCAAUCCAACAGCGGG